UCAUCAAGUUAAUUUAGGAAUAAUCCAAGCGUACAUAUAUAAAUGUGUCUUCUUCUUUUUGUUUCAUAUAUCACGGAAGCUGUAGUACUAGACAGUAAUUAAGGAGCUUGUAAGAUCUGUGAAUCACUUGCUUUGAAAACUAUAGCUAUGGCAGGCAAUGUAUUUGGUAACCCCGUGACCGACGAGCUUGUAAAACAACUUUAUCCAAACAAGACAAAUAUAACUAGCAAAGACCGAGCUGAAGUGGCUUUCCAAUUCAUCAACUCCGGAGGCAAAGAUGUGGAUGCUAAAAACUUUGUCUAUGGCCUUAAGGAACAGUAUGGCAAUGGAAUCUCUGCAAAGUGCAUGAUUUACAAUGCCACCGGAGAUACUUUAACGUAUUCCCGCAAACAUGACUGGCACGGCCAUAUUUGGCAAUCUCCAUACCCUGCCAAGAUUCAAAAUGGGCAGUGGGGUGCUUUUCUCCAUGUCCACCCUUCCUGGUUUGCCGGUUCGGAAUCCGCCAUUGUCUACCGCGGCUUCAACGGCAACGGCUAUCUAUGUGAUUGGAUGCUCUCUUGGGGCAUUCCCUAUAUUGGUGAUAAUCAUGCAUAUACUGAAAUCCGUGAAGGCCACCAUUAUGAGACUGAUCAUUGGGACUAUAUUCAAGGUUUGUUGGAAGGCCAAUCCACUAAAGAUGAUGAUACUUGGAAUGGAUGUUAUUCUGUUGUGACAAUUGGCGAAGGGACUUCACCUGAGUUUGUUGGAAUAAUGACCUUGGAGGGUGUCACUACUUCUAAGUGAUCAAUAAGUGGACAGUAUUGCCGAAAGUAAAUAAAUAUUUUAUGUAUGGGCAAGAAUAAGAUCGAUGGCUGCAAAUGCAAAUGCAAGACAUGCAUUGUUUAAGAUUUGCCAACUAUAUAUGUGGUUCUUUUUUUCUUUUUAUUUUAUUUUUUUAU